UGUCAGAUCGUACAGAUGUGGGGCGCUAUUGUAGCGAUCACAGUUCUUGUCAGUGGAGUCCUUUGUUCUCUGGCCAAUGGGGAAUACUUGGAACCAAGGUGCGGCGUUACGGGUGCGAUGCUCGGUUUCAAAAUAACCGGAGGCACUGCUGCGAAAAUAAACGAUAAUCCCUGGAUGGCCUACAUCCAUACCUCCGUCCGUUUUAUCUGCGGAGGAACUCUCAUUACCACGCGUUUUGUCCUGACAGCAGCGCAUUGUGUUAGAGACGGAAUAGCGAUAAAGGUGCGACUCGGGGAGUACGAUGAUACCACGACAGAGGACUGCGACAAUAAGGUCUGCAUCCCAAGAGCUGAGGAGUACGACGUGGACAUGGCAAUCCGGCAUGGAAAGUUUUCCGGGCGACGAAACUAUAACGACAUCGCGCUGCUUCGCUUGGCUGCAUUUGUGACAUUGAAAGCUCACAUCAUGCCCAUCUGCAUCAUUUUGGAUACCUCGAAGAGGGAAAAAUUCGAUAGCGUGCAGCAGUUUAUUGCCACCGGCUGGGGUGUCACUAAAACGAACAGGACAGGAGGUGCUCUGCAGACCACACAUCUCCAGCGCUAUGAUCCAGCCUAUUGCCUCCAAACCCUCGGCAGGAAGGUGCAGGAGAACCAAUUCUGCGCCGGACGCGUUGGUAGCGAUACGUGCAACGGGGAUUCCGGCGGCCCGCUCCUCCAGAACGUGAAACACAUGCACAAGAUGCGUGCCGUACAAUUCGGAGUGGUCAGCUACGGCAUCGAGAAUUGCUCCGGAAUCGGGGUCUACACCGAUGUGUACAGCUAUUCCACUUGGAUCGCCACCGUAGUGUACCAGAAAACCCAUGUGCCGGCACCAUUUAUACCUAGCAUUUGAUCUUGUUUCAAUAUGAAUUACUAAUCAAUUGUAAAAUAGUUGUAUUGCGUUAGAGAAAUCCUUUUUGGGGAAGCUUGUAUUUUGCUUGCAUUUUCCUUUUGCAGUUUAUCAAACGAUCGAGGUCGCAUACUACAGAUAUUGUGUUUGUGUACAUAUACAUAAUAAUUUCUUUGGAAACAAGGAUUAAACUGUAUUUCGUUCUGUAUUGCAUUUAAUCAAUAUGUUUAGUUUCGUUGGAAAAAUACAAAGUAUACAGUGAGAAAAAUCGGAGCGCGUUCAAAAAAUGCUAAUGGAUCACCUGUUCAUAUUCUGUUUAGUAAUGUCGUUGAGUGUUUGAAUGUAAGCUAUGUAAACUAUUUUCUUGAAAAUUAAUGUCUUAAAUUCCAUUAUGAAAUUUGUGCCAAUUGUCAAAGUCAAAUUAAAACAGCUUGACUGAAA